UUUGAUAUGGGCAUCACUCUUUCGGCAGAGGCCAUCAUUGACCGAGUAUGACCGCCUCUACAGUUAUUUUCUUCAACAGGAACAUGCUGCGUUUAUGCAAAUAACUUUGGUUUAUCAAAGGCGUGUCAGUGUCACAGUGUCGCCUCGUCGACAGAGUCAAUCUCUUGUGGCUCGAACCAUGGCGAAGCACAGCAUGAUUGGCUCAUAAUAAUUCAGAGCCUUUUUCUGCACAGGCUCACUGCAUCAUGAUGGUCCCUAUGUAACAGAUCUCCUCCGAUUAGGUUAAAGUCGAGAGAUGUUACUGAAUGCCCUGGAUUAAACUUGGUCUAGAGAGACACAGCAUUUACCUUGUGUGGCCACAGCCAAUUGACUCAAGCUUCGGGCGUAGUUUAUAGAAAUCGUAGCGAAUAUGACUUAAUGCCACUAUCUUCACCUGAUUGCAUGAGUGUUUGAUAAAUAGUCCGACGUUUCCGCAUGUCUGCUUACGACACCGCAUCGACACCGCAACUUUUUACCAUCUAUGCAACCUGCCAAAUAAACCAUCAAAUUCAAACAUAUGGUCUACAGAGAUCGCUAAAGUCAUUCCAAGAUGUCAGAAAACACAAACAUGGCGACCCUAACCAGCUUCACUGCCGUCAAGGCUGAUGCGGAGUGUUGCAUCAAGAACUUCUAUCGGAUGAAUGAGGCUUGUGGUCAAUAUACUUGGAAGGACAACAUCUCAGAUGAUUUGAAAGAGGCUAUUGAAAAUGGGAUGCCUGCACGUUAUGCCAUUCUCGUGUACAACAGAAAAACUUUCGAUUCUCGCAUGACAUUCGAAAUAGAAAGGUAUCAUCUUUCAAAGUCCGUUUCUCAAGAAAGAUUUGAACAAGAUUUUGAAGGACUAUCCCUACGUCACUCCAUGUCUAAAAGAAUUGUUUUUCAAGAGUCAUGUCAUGAUUUUGCUCAUCGCUGGACGGAACUUGUCCACGCCAUACAGGAUGAAAAUGAUGAAAAGAUGAAAUCUCAUUUGACCCUUCUACACGAAACGCUUUAAGCAGAGCUUAAAGACAUCAUCGAAUCUGCUCUUGGUUUAAUGCCUGAGAUAGUUGCCAGCUAAAAUGCAGUCUUAGUACUGGACGAGUGCGAUGUUUUCCUUGAAUCACGAACUUCAAACUCAUUUGAGCGCAGCAAGAUUGUUUCGAUCUCUCAACGAACGCUUGAGUAAUAUGAAGGGAUAUAUUUAUGACCCCAAUCGUGUUAAGAAAAUCGACCCUGCUUUUAAAUCACGCAUCCAUUUAAGCAUGGAUUACAAAGAUUUGGGCAAGAAUGCUGGAGAAGGCUUGGAAAAGCUUUGCAUCGAUACGAGAUGAUCAAUAGCACUACCAUCAGAUCACUGAUGCUGAGUUUGAAAAAUUGGCGGAUGCAAACAUCAUUGGAAGACGGAUUCAGAAUGUGCUAAAGACAGCGAAGUUGCUCGCUAGUUGUAAGAAUCAGCUUCUCGAGUUCGAACAUGUUCAGACGGUUAUAAGUGUAGGGCGGAAUUGAGAUAGAACUUAUGGUAUCUUCUGCCGCGCAAUAGCUUGGUUCUCAGAAGCAAAUCAGG